AUGACACUUUGGCGGCUAUGGCGCGCUGUAACUAUGGCGCUUUUCCAUACCUCCGGGACUUCACCUAAUAGCAUUGAGAUGUUAAAGAUAUGGGCUAGAGGACAACAUAAAGCAGCAACACAUUCCUUAUAUAUAAACGGCGGUAUUCCAUCAUACGUUUCACUAACCGACGGUUUAAGAGACUUGAGGAAAAUUAAUCAGCCGCGAAAAAGUGAGAUCGGAAUUGUUGGAGCUGACGUAGAUGCAGGUGUUUCGAAAUGGACAACUGCAUUGUCGGAUGAAGCUAGCAGUGGAAGAAGCUCAACAUCAAGAGUAUCUCAUUCGAUAGAGGAGGAAUUUUUGCAAGGUGCCCGAUCUGAUUCGAUCAUGUCCUUCAUGUCGCGUGGAGUAGAUGAACUUCGUGGAGGAAUUCGUUCGCUGCGGCAACGGGCACGGAGCUUACGAUUCUCUUGCAGCAGACCACGACCAUCACCAACUAUUCAUUUGCGACUAUGCUUCAAUAGCACAAGUAAACCUUGGACAAUUCAAGAUGAUCUCUCCAGCACUGAAAGUGUACAGAUACCUCCAGAAAAGGCACCGUCUACUGGAACUGGAGUAUACUCUUGCAGCCAUGCAGCGAUUACACCCGCGAAAGAAGGCAAUGGCUCUGGCCUACGUGAGAUACGCGAACUCUCAACAUGUGGUGAGAUAAAGGUCACAAUCAGCGAUAAGGGAGGAGAGUUUGUGGUCAUAUCACGUGAACUAGACAUGGCCAUCACUCGAAAACAUUUGGAUGACGCUACACUUUACCACUCUUCGUCACAUGAAGAGUUCAUAAAACAAAGUCACCAUCUCAAUAGAGUUUGGGUGGAGAUUGGAAAGGCUGCGGAGAUACAUAAAACAAUGAUCACAAAGCUGAAAUACGAACUACCUACAUGCCCAGUUUUAUACCUGCUAAUAAAAACACACAAACUCUUUUCUUCUGCUUUCCUCUCAGAAGACCCAGAGGUAUUCAAAGUAUGUCCUAUCAUAAGCAACGUAGGUGGCCCCACAGAUAGAAUAUCUUGGUUUUUGAACGCUAUACCUGCACCAUUGCCCAAAUAUGUUCCCGCGUACCUAUUCAACGCCAACAUGUUCCUUGAGCAGCUUAAAAAAGCGCGUUCAAAAAAAGAAUAUGUCAUCGAAUCUUUCGAUGUCAAAUGGCUUUAUACAAAUGUUUCAAACAGCGCUGCAGUGCAAGUUGUGUUCGAGCUACUCGUAGAACAUCGAGACACCCUAGACUUGCACGGGUUUUCCAUAAGGACAGCCGUAAGGGUGAAAUCAGAUGUCCAGGAGCGGAUCGAUGCGAUCAACCUAGCGCAACGUAUCGCGAAUUCUAACGGUCACACUGGUAAUAUAGGGCGUAGGCUAGAUCUUGGUGCUCAGCGGGAAUAUGCCACAGUGGUUGAGACGAAUAAGAUUAAUUUCUGUCUGCCCUUCAUAACCAACGACUUGAGUAAAGCUAUGCGGGCUAGUAUGGUGAAAUGCGGUGUCGAGGAGCUAGUGAGAAUUGUGGAAAUACCUCCAGCAAAUCUCAAAAAGCAGCUAGUUCAAAAUAGAAUGUACGAUCGCUUCUGUCAUACUCCAGACUGUGUAACAUGCCCAUUCGGGAAGGAAGGGGACUGCAUGGUCUCUGAUGUAGUCUAUCUAAUUUCGUGCAAAACAUGUGGGGACCAAUAUAUCGGCGAAACAGGGCGACCCAUCUGUGUUCGCAUCAGAGAACGUCUAAAAGGGAUGAAACAAUCGAAUGCAGCAACCCCCCUCGGAGCUCACCGCAGACAAUGUCAGGAAAAUGUUUCUUUCUGCAUAGCUGUCACGGUCCUAGAAAUUAUAGCCCGCAGAACUUUAGAAGCGUUUUGGAUAAAUGCAAAAGGUCCAAAAAUGAAUAGAAAGGAAGAGUGCUUAGCCGUGACCAACGAGCUGGCUCUGUAUCAAGACCUUUGCGGGUCUUGA